AUGUUACUCCAACAGAUUGUUGUUAGUUCAUGUGGUCAUGAUGGUCCUUUUGGUGCUACUGGUGUUAAAAGGUUGAAGAGUAUCGGUUUAAUUGACUCUGUUCCUGGAAUGAAAGCUCUCGACAUGAACACCGCUGAAGAUGCAUUUGUUAGACUCACUAGAGAAAUUGUUCGUGGUAUGAUCGUCACUGGUAUGGAAGUUGCUGAAAUUAAUGGCGCCCCAAGAAUGGGACCAACAUUCGGAGCUAUGAUGAUUUCAGGGAAAAAGGCAGCACAUUUGGCAUUGAAGGCAUUGGGACAACCUAAUGUCAUUGAUAUAAACUACACUGAUAUGGGAGGUAUUGUACCAGAGCUGAUCCUAGCUGCUGCUGAAUCAGCUGAGAUUGCUGAAGCAUAA